AUGGCUGCUUAUGGGAUCGUUGGAGAUCUUGUUCCCUUUACAAUGAACUUUCUGUGGGCAGAUAUCCACAAGCUUCUUGCCCCGGACCUCCUUCACCAGAUCAUCAAAGGCACCUUCAAAGACCAUAUUGUCGAUUGGGUUGAGCAGUAUAUCAAGCAGAACAAUACAAAGAGCAAAGCCAAUAAAAUUCUCACAGACAUUGAUCGAUGUAUUCCUAUUAGAAUUGCCAUCGUUCCAUUGUUCCCAGGCCUUCGUCACUUUCAUCAAGGAUGUGGAUUUAAGCAGUGGACAGGGAAUGACUCCAAAGGUCUGAUGAAGAAGAUGGUACAGACUGUUGCAGAUUUGAUCGAGUUCUGCUACCUGGUUCACCAUAACGUCAUUGAUGAAGACUCCCUCUCCAAAAUUGAGAAGACGCUAGCCAAAUUCCACAAGCAUCAAUCCAAGCACAUCAAGGCGGUCAAACACCCCUACCACCGGUCGAGUCGCAACAAGCCAUUAGAUCAGAUGUUGGUGAUGAACCAACAACUCAACAAAUUGGCCACUGCUCAUGUCGAUUUCACAUCCCGAGGGAUGCUCACUGGUCCCAGUGUCGUUGGACCUCUGCUCGAUCUUGUCUGCAUGCAGUAUCCACCUUUGGAUUAUACCUCAUGCACCCAACCUACUGCAGCAUGGCCAGCACCACCAACUGUCAACCAUGGCCAAUCACAGGAGGAAUCUGGUGCCAUAGACGAUGUGGUGGAUGAACCGGAGUCUCAUUCAGAGAUAACCCUUGCAAGAAAUCCUGGUUUCGAAAGCUUCCAUGAGAUAUCUAUGCACUCGCUCGCAAGAUCCAACAACCUCAACUUCCUCUCCUUACCCGUUGUUUUCUGUAUGACAAGAUCCACCCUGACACUGAAAUCUCUGCUUCACGGGUUCCUCAAGAUCAACUACCUUUGUUGGAUGGCAAGUCCUACAUCUACACCUCUGCCCAAGCUGUCUUCUAUGCACCCAGCGACCUGUCAGGCCUUGGUGGUCUCCGCCACGAGCUCAUUCGAUCCACGAGAUCGUGGUAUGGUAGAGCACCAUGUCGAGAUUGCAUUUUUGUGGGAAAUAGUGAUGCACGAGACACAUCAGGCAUGA